GCCAUUCGGGUCUCCGCAGCCGCCGCCGCUGAGCCAGGCCGAAACCCGCUCCAGAGCCCGGUGCGGGGGCCAUGGUGGCUGCAGCUCCCGCCGCGGCCGCGGCCAUGAGGAAGAGCUUCCUGGUGCCCGAGAUCAAGCCCCUGGAUCAGUACGACUUCUCGCGGGCGCGCAGCGCGGCCAGCCUCGCUUGGGUGCUCGCCAAGGGCUACGGAGGCGCAGAGCAUGUUCCUGUUGAGCUACACGAGCCCUUCUAUACAGACCAAUAUGAACAGGAGCACAUGAAGCCUCCUCUUAUCCGCCUGCUGCUCUCGUCUGACAUCUACUGCCGUGCCUGGCAUCAGGCCUUGCCCCCAGGCCCUGAUGGUGCCUCAGCCCCCAAGGAUAAUGCUGCCUUGCUACAACUUCUGACCCAUCAUGGCUUGGUGCCCACCUUCCAAGACAAGCCUAUCAAGGAAGCUGAUUUGCACCACAAGCCAAUCAGGCUGGGUGUGCACCUGGCUUUGAUCGACUCAUUAAUGACAGCAUUUGCCAUGGAAGCCACCAACUCUUUAAAUAUUAUACCGGGCCCUGAUCCAACUGCCAGCUCCUGGGACCAGAAGCUGCUUCACUGGAUAGACGUGGUCAUCCACAAGAUGCAGCAAAGCACUGAGCAGGAGAGCUCGCAACGGUCUGCUCCUGGUACAGAUGGCCAGACCCAGGCCUCCAUGAGUGGUCCAAAGUGUCCCACAAGGUGGUACUGGAAACUGGUUCCUCAUGCCAUCGCUUUUUGUUUGAAGGAGUCGGGGAAUAAGCCUCCUGUGAUUCGCUAUCGGAAGGAUAAGGCACUGCCCAAGCAGACUCCGUGCUUCCCUGCCAUCACAGGCAUGAAGGAUCUGGCCAAUGGGGGUGCCAUCGCUGCCACCAUCCACUAUUACUGCCCCCAGCUUCUUCGCCUAGAGGAUGUGUGCCUGAAGGAGACCAUGUCGGUAGCAGACAGCCUGUAUAACUUGCAGCUGAUCCAGGGCUUCUCUUCAGACUACCUGGGCGGCUGCUGCUUCCUCUCACUGGAGGAUCUGCUGUACAUGCCGCCUGCACUUAGGGUGAACAUUGGGGUAUUUCUGGCAGAGCUGUUCCUAUGCUUUGAGGUGCUUAAACCAGAAUUUGUGUGUCCCAAGGAGCUGUCCAGUCUCCAAGAUUCCCCUAGAAUGAAUGACUCUUUGGUAUCCAACAGCGGAAACAACAACAGCAGUUCCCCAGUGUUCAAAUUCCACCAUCCACUGCUGCCUGGAGGUCAGUCCCAGUCCCCCCUCCGUGGCUCUUUAGGUUCCCUGCACCACUCCACAUCCAUGUCCCAUGUAGAAGGUUUUGGUAAAUCAUGGAGCAAGAAGCAGCUCAGCCACCCAUUGUCCCAAGCAGUCUCCUUCAGCAUCCCCUUUGGUCUGGACAGCGAUGUGGACAUUGUGAUGGGCAAUCCAGUGGGCAUCUUCCGCUCUGUUAGUUCUGAUAGCCUGGCACCUGGUCUCUAUUCCUCUUUGCCCCGCUCCCCCCGCCCACGACCUGCUGAUAUGGCUGAGGCAUCCAACGGGCUAGUGACACCAUCACUUCACGGAGCGAGGCACAAGGAUCAAGAAGGCCCGGCUGUAGAAAACGGGCUGAGUGAUGGCUACUCUGACCUGCCCACCAUUGAGGAAGCAUUGCAGAUCAUUCACAGCAGUGAGCGGCUGCUUCCAGAGGGGGCUCCUGAUGGCUUCUACCUGCAUUCUCCAGAACCACCCAAAGCUUCCGUCCCAGGAAAGGUACCCACGUCUGCAGUUUACCGUUGCCACAAUGGGCCUCCCAGCGGUGCAGAGCCAGCCCAGGACGGCAGCCUGGACUCUGAUGCUGAGGAGCCAUCCCGGCCAGCAGGUGGCCCAGAUGAUUCCACAUCAUGCAUGAGCUCACUGAGUUCACAGCCUGACAGUACGGCUUCAUCCACCUCUGGGGUACGCAUGACCAGUUUUGCAGAGCGCAAGAAGAAGUUGGCAGCUACUGACAGCAAAUCCAGUGGCAUCAGCUCUGAAGGCUCAGAGGCUGGCCCUGUGCCAGCAGAGGAAAGCCCUGCUCAGAGUCCUGCCCUCAGUUCAGAGAUGAGCCAAUUGGGUGCUAGGCUAGAGGAGAAGCGGCGUGCCAUUGAGGCCCAGAAGAAACGCAUAGAGGCCAUCUUUGCCCGGCACCGCCAGCGCUUGGGCAAGAGUGCCUUCCUGCAGCUACAGAAAGGGCCAGAAUCUCAGUUGGAGGAUGGUCGACUUGGUCUGGAGGAACGGCUUGCCCAACUGGAGACUGAGGAAGAGGCUGGAGGUCCCCGUGCUCGUCUUGAUAACAAGCAGGUGACCUUCUCUCCAGAUAUUACCAAGGGAGUGCUUGAUGAAAACCUGGGUGACUACAAUCGGGCAGUGGCUAAGCUGAACACAGCUCUGAGUUCACUGCAGUUGGACAUGCAGCGCCUCAGUGAACAGCAGCAGCGUCUCAUGCAGGAGAAGAAGCCCAGUGCACAAGCCUGGGUGAUCCCUGCUCCAAGGACUAGCCGUGAUGGGACUCCUCCACGCUCUUCGCUGGAGCUGUCCUCACCUUCGCCAUCUCCUUCUCGCAAGUCUCGAUCACCUCAGCCCACCCCCAAGAAGUCUCCUGCUCCAGCUCUUCCAAAGAGCCCCAAGCACACACGGCCUGCUGAGCUGAAGCUGCCACCCCUAACACGUGUUCUGACACCUCCUCAGAAUGUUGACAACCUUCCACACCUUCGCAAAUUCUCACCAAGCCAGGUGCCUGUGCAGACCCGUUCCUCCAUCCAUUUUGCUGAAGAUGAGGAGCCACCGGUGCCAGAAAUGGAAGCCCAGGGUAAUUUGAGACCUGUGGCUUCUGUCCCUCCACAAGGGGGGGGCAAUGGCCGUGUCUCGGGGGAUGGCACCAGUGAUGUUUCCUCACCCAGUGACCGGCACAGUAGCUUGAUUGAAAUUCCUCUGUCUAGCCUGAAGGGGGAGGAUGAAGAUGUGGAUGGUGAUGAUUCUCUGGAGGAAUCUAUCACUGAGGCACUGGAUACGGAGCCCUGCGCUGGCCUGGGCUUCUUUUUCAAGGAUGAGGAGAAGGCUGAAGAAGAGAUGGCACAGAAACGUGCCAGCCUCCUGGAAAGGCAGCAGAGGCGCAGUGAGGAGGCACGGCGCAGGAAGCAGUGGCAGGAGGCAGAGAAGGAGCAGAAGAAAGAGGAGGCCAGGCUGCAGACGGAGGAGCGAAGCCGGCAAGAGGAGGAAGUGGGUCCAAGGCGUGGGGACUUCACACGCCAGGAGUACCUGAGGCGUCAGCAGCUCAAGCUGAUGGAGGAUCUGGACAAGGUGCUGCGGCAGAAGCCCACCACAGUGCGUGCCCUGAAGAAAGGGCGGCCCAAGACAGUCUUCUGUGAUGACUCUGCCCUUGCCCGCAGCCCUGUUAAAGGGCUCCUAGGCUCCAAGCUGAGCAAGGUGUACUCCCAGUCAACACUCUCUCUCUCUACGGUGGCCAAUGACCCUGCCAAUACACUUUCCAUUAAGAGAUCUUCUCGAGCUGCAUCUCCUUCUGGUCCAAUGUCCCCCAGCCGGUUUUUGCCAAACCAGAACCGGGAGCGUGACUGGGAGAAUGCAUCGACGGCUUCAUCGCCUGCUUCCAUACCAGAGUACACUGGGCCCAAGCUGUACAAGGAGCCCAGUGCCAAGUCCAAUAAGUACAUCAUCCACAAUGCACUAUCACACUGUUGCCUUGCUGGCAAAGUCAACGAGCCCCAGAAAAACCGCAUCCUGGAGGAAGUUGAGAAGAGCAAAGCCAACCAUUUCCUUAUCCUCUUCCGGGAUUCAAGUUGCCAGUUCCGGGCACUUUACACCCUUUCAGGAGAGACCGAAGAGCUGACGCGCCUGGCUGGCUAUGGGCCCCGCACCAUCACCAUGCCAAUGAUUGAGGGCAUCUACAAGUAUAGCUCUGAUCGCAAACGCUUCACUCAGAUACCCAGCAAGACCAUGUCCAUGAGUGUUGAUGCCUUCACCAUUCAGGGGCACCUCUGGCAGACCAAGAAGCCUGGCACACCCAAGAAACCAGGCACACCAAAAUAACUGGGACUUGAAAAGCUCUAUGCCAACUCCCUGCCUGGACUUUGUAGGCAGCUUUCCAUAAUAGAUGGCUCGAGUAGAUGGGGUCUUUAGGCAGGAGUGCAUAUCUAGCCCUGGGCUGGCGCUCACUCUGGCUGGAUCAGAGCCAGCUACCGCACAGGGAUCAUUGGGGCGGGGGGGGGGGGGGUAGUUCUGGUGCCUGCCAUGAGUAGGAGACUGAUCCUGGCUUUUAGUGGGGGUGGGUAUGAAGAAAGAUGCUCUGGGAACUGCCAAAUCCCAUGAUGAGUUAGAGGCUCAAAUCUGCCAUAGUCACGCUCCCCUACAACUCGGGCCCUGGGGGUUGGAGCCUGGACUCUGCAUGCUCCAUCUGCCCCCAGUCAUCAUCUCUGAAUGUCAGUCCACAGCUGGGGCAAGGAGGUGGCGGGGCCUCUUUUUGCGAUUCCUUCAUGCCUGAAGAGUGGUGCUCAGGCCCUUCCUGGUUCUGUGCUGGGUUUUUCAUUGCCCAGGGCAGCCCCUGUUUAUAGUAUACAUACUAAUAUAUAUAUAUAUAUACACGCACACAUAUAUAUAUAUAUAUAUAUAUGAGCUAUUUAAUGAUUUUUUCAAUUAUUUGUAUAUAAAAAAGGAUCAAAUCAUUUGGAACAGUGGGGCAAGGUGAAUUUGUAUAUGUGGUUGGCAUGAUGGGGGGUGGGAAGCGCACCGAAUGGGGGAGUGAGUGUGUGUAUGCCCCCCCCCCCUUGAGUCUUUUGUUUCAAUGUUUUUUUCUUGCCAACUUUUUUGUUGAUCCCCUUGUUCACAAGGGUGCUCUGGUGAAAGGCAAAGGGCUAUUUCCGUGUAAUAAUUCCUUAGUAGUAGUUGAGGGAGGCAGGAUAUGAGUAGGGAACCAGUUCCUCCUUGAGACAGAGAAAAGUUUCAGUCAGUCACUUCUGUUACGUGCCAAGAAGCUGGUCAUGACUGUGGUCAUGGAGCUGCCAGCAGAGUAGCUUUUUCCUCCUCCUUCUCCCCAGCCAGCCACUCAGAGCAUAAGUAGGCAAUGAAUGUAGGAUACACUUUCUUCAGUCCCCUUCCAAAGGACUGUUAGGGAGGCUGAGCACCUCCCCACCCCCCACUGCUUGGGUAUCUUUCUCCUUCCUAUGUCUGUCUCUGCUCUUCUGGAGUCAUAGCUGCUCUCAGACUGGAGGGAAAAAAAGAAACGAGGCUGUUCAGCUCAAAAUCCCCCAGCCCAGUUCUGUCUUGUUGCAACUUAUUCUUGGUCUCCUGUGGUUACCUGUUGCUGACUGAAUGUCAAGUAGGUGUUUUGGGUGGGUAUGGUAUAGUGCAGGGUUGGGGAGGGGUCAGUGUAAAAGCAGCUGGGAACUUUGCCCUGCUUAAUAAAGUAACUUAAAUGA